AUGGCGUCAGAGCGGCCGCCGCCGCCACCGACGCAGCAGGGCGCCGGUGACGACCGCCUGCAUGUGGUGCGGACGUCGCAGGUGCAUGAUGAGAUCUUUCCGACGGGUGGGGUCGUGUACCCGCCGCCGGAUCUGCGCCCUGUGAUUGACAAGACGGCGGAGUUUGUCGCGCGCAAUGGCGUGGCGUUUGAGGCCAAGAUCCGUGAGCAGGAGCGCCUGAAUCCCAAGUUUGCGUUCUUGCAGGCGGACGAUGCGUACAAUUCGUACUUUCGUAUGCAGAUCCGCGCGGCGGCUGAGCGCAGUCACGGCGAUACCCGAGCGGCGGCGUCGUCGGAGCGAGCGGCGAGUGCCGUGCAGGCUGCGCUGCUGGCCGACCGGUCGGAGCGGCCUGUCGACGAGGAGCCGCCGCGUCCUGCGCCGCAUGCGUUUUCGCUCGAGUUCCCGAGCACGCCGGCUGUCGAGCUCGACGUGCUCAAGCUCACGGCGCUGUGGGCGGCUCGGCAGGGGCCGUCGUUCACUGCGCGAUUGAUGGCGCGCGAGCAGCAUACGUACCAAUUUGGCUUUCUACAUCCGGCGCACCCGCUGUGUAGCUACUUUCAUCUGAUGACCGAGCAGUAUCGCCGUGUCAUGCAGCCGUCGCAGGCGUGCAUCGACACGGUGCGGCGCUGUGCAAGUCGGCGCUGCGGACCGGGCGUGGGCGGCGCGCGCCUGGCUGUGCUGGACGAGGUGAGGAAGCGUGCAGCGUGGACGCGGUGGGACGAUGCGCGCCGGCACGAGGUGCGCGAGGAGGAGUCGCGGCAGCGCGCGCUCUUUGACGAGAUUGAUUGGCAGGAUUUCUGUGUGGUCGGUGUGGUCGAAGUGACGGGGAGCGAUGUGCGUGCGGAUCUGCCGCCGCCGACGUCGCUGGCAGCGCUGCAGCAUCAGCUCGCGGCGCAGGAGCAGGUGCAGGCGAUGGAGCGCUCGCAGCCGGCGCCCGAGCCAGCGCCAGCGCCUGCACCAGCGCCGCCGCCGCCGACGCGACCUGCCGAGGCGCCAGCGCCCGAGGGGCCGUCUGUGACCAUCACCGCGAGCGGCGCCAAGAUCCGCCACGACUAUGUGCGGCACGCGCGCGCGCCGCGCGCUGCGCCGCAGACGACCGUGUGUCCCGUGUGUGGCGACCGGGUGGAUGUGAACGAGAUGAGCGAGCAUGUGCGCAUCGAGCUGCUGAACCCGCAGUACCGCGAGCAGCGCGCGAGCUUGGAGCGGCGGCGGCAGGAGCAGGCGAGUCUCGCUGCCGGCGCGGAUCCGAGCCACUACUUGCGGCAGUUGGCAGGCGCACGCACGGACUUGUUUGGUGCGCGUGAGGACGAGGAUGCGCGCGCACGCCGCGACGCCGCUGAGCGCGAGCGUGCGCGUGAGAAGGAGAAGCAUGUGUGGGACGGCCACAUGAACAGCCGGCGCACGGCGCAGCAGGCGCAGAGCGCGCCGAGUGACGCGGGGCUUGGUAAGCGCGCCAGCAGCGAGGCGCUGCCGCCGCCGAAGCGCGCGGCGCUCGCGGCGCCGACGUAUGCCGAGUCCGAGUGGCUCGCGAUGUACCCGCAUCCGAUCACGCUGCAUGUCCACGUGCCCAAGGCGCCGCAGAUCGCGCCGGUGUGUGACGGCCACACGGAAGUGCUCUCGGGCCUGCCGCUCUCGACGACGAUCGGGCAUGUGCGCGACCGCAUCCUGCACGACACGCUGCACCAGGCCGUCGGCGCGUCGAAGCUCAAGAUGUGGGUGCACGGCCGGCCCGCGACGCUGCGCCAGUCGCUGGCGUACUGGAACUUGGCGGACGGCGCGCAUGUGGAGAUGUCCGUAGGCAAAUAG